GCACACUGUGUGAGCACAGAUUGUGCCUAUGGAGCAGGUAUAGCCGUACAAUUCAAAGCGAAGUACGGUACAUAAAAGGUUGUAAGACAGAACAAACACACAGGUGAAUGUGCAGUUACCCACGAGGACGACGGCAGAUUGAUUUUUCAUUUAAUAACAAAACAAAAUUGUACUGAUUUACCAACAUAUGAGAAUUUUACCCACAGCCUCAGACGUAUGGAAUUACUUUUGUCUCAAAAAAAAGAAACGUAACUUUAUAAAACUGAACGUAACUUUUUCAGAAACUAUCAAAAAUAUGCCAAUACAAAAGAAGGAAACAAAAAUGAAAAUGAAAAAAACGAAUUCAAUCGUACAAAUGAAAUAGGCUCUUCAAAGAUGCUUAAUUUUUUGUUAAUGUUUUUCAAAGAUUCGUUUUCGCAACUUGUGUUUUCUGAAUGCAUUGCCACAGAUUUCGCUUUCGCUUCUGAGUUUUUCGUUUGCUGUUUUGACACAAACCUCGCGUGGGGGCGGGCCUUAGCGGUGAUCUACUCUGAUUGGAUAGUGAGUUUUUGAUUUCCACAACACUAGGUGGCGGUAUGCAGCUAUGAAGUUGGUUCGCAACCCGCCAUAAAAUCAUAAGAAGAAGCAGCUACAAACGUCACUCAGUUUGCCGGCGCAUGUUUGAAAGUUGUCGCGGUGCUUUGUAUUAAAUAUGUGAAUAUUUGAACUUCGUUCGUGUCUGUAACUUUAAAGAUGAGCUCUCAGGAGAGACACGGAACGGCAUCAUCUUCCUCCUCCGCUGGUUCUUCAAGGCAGCUUGAAGACCAAAGACAAAUGUCACUUUUCCAGGAACAAGUGCAAGAAGACAUUCUACAGCAUAUGCUGACAAAGUUUAGCUUGAUUGUUCGGAAUGAAGCUUUAGAUUUGGAUUACCUCCUGGAUACUGCACAGCAACAACUGGAUUUGGCAAUUACUGCAUCACAUCAUGUCAACAUCCCAGAAGCUUUAAUUAGAGGUCUACAAGAGCUAAUCAACACAAUUAAUAUAAAUGUUAGUUCGGACGAAACUUCAACAACAACAACAACAUCUGAUAUUGUAACCUGCACUUGGGGGAACGUGGGACGCCCACGGUUUGAUAUUAGAAAGGAUGACCUUGAGGAACUCCUUUGUACGGCUCUUCCUGUAGAACAUCUUUCUAGGAUAUGUGGCGUUUCUAGAAGCACAAUGAACAGAAGAUUGAAGGAACACACCCUGUCUGUCAGAGCCUGCUAUUCCAACAUUUCAGAUGAAGAACUUGAUAAUGUUGUAAGGUCAAUAAAAAUAAGAGUUCCACAUGCUGGCUACAGACUAAUGAAAGGUGAACUUUUGGCUGGAGGGCACCGGAUACAGUGGCACAGGAUGAAGGCCUCUAUGCGACGGGUGGAUGGAGCUGGAAUCUUGGCCAGAAUGGUUCAGCUUGGUUUUAUAGCACGCAGAAGCUACUCCGUUCCUGCACCAUUGUCCCUAGUUCAUGUGGAUACCAACCAUAAGCUAAUCACAUUCAAUAUUGUGAUAUUUGGUGGGAUCGAUGGUUUCUCACGGAAGAUCCUAUAUCUUGAUGCUGCUGAAAACAACAAGGCAUCAACUGCCUUUUCAUUUUUUCUGGAGGGUGUUAACAAACAUGGAUGGCCUUCAAGAGUACGUGGUGACCAGGGAGUUGAAAAUGUGGAUAUUGCACGUUGCAUGUUCUCAGUGCGAGGAACUGGUCGAGGUAGCUUCAUUUCCGGAAAAAGUGUUCACAAUCAAAGAAUUGAGCGCCUGUGGCGUGAUGUUUGGUCAGCCGUCACAUCAAAAUACUAUGAAACCCUUCAUGCAAUGGUAGAAGAUGGAGUGCUUGAUCUAUCAAAUGAACUACACCUCUUUUGUGUGCACUACACAAUUCUUCCACGCCUGAAAUCAGACCUUAAGUGCUUUAUUGAGAGCUGGAACAACCAUCCAAUUAGAACAGAAGCAAAUCUUACACCAAAUCAGCUUUGGCACAUCGGAAUGCUGCAGACACCAGUAGCUGAUCCAGAUAUGGAGAUAAUUGAGCAACUGUGCCAACAGCAAACUUCUGAUACUGACCCAGAAGAUGGUGUGGUGGUUCCUGAGAUCCAAUGCCCUCUAUCUGAACACAGCCUUGCUGUUCUGCAGGGAUUAAUUGAUCCCCUGACAUCAUCACUGAACUACCGAGAGCUAUAUGUUCAGUCACUUGAUAUUAUUGAAAGACUGUGCUUUUACUAACAUUUGACUUAAUGUUAAAUGAGAAACUUACAAAAACACAUGUAGCUACAUAAGAAAUUUUAUUCGCAAGAGUGUCACAUGUAACAAUGUUCUGACAGAACUAACUUCAUAACAAUGCUGCGCAAAUUUAAAACUUACUAACUUCAUAACAAUGUUGCGUAAAUUUAAAACUUACUAACUUCAUAACAAUGUGGCGCAAAUGUAAAACUUUGUAAAAUUGUUAGCCAUUCUUUUGAAAAUAAAUGAAGUGAUAAUGAAAUGUAA